AGGACUAAAAUGGGCUUUUGUCUGUCGUCUAUCGCAAGAAAAAUAUCCAAACGUUGUUUUCACCGAAGUUGAUUUCUCCUCAGAAGAAAAACAGCUUCCUGCUGCAGUGAUCACAGCAACUCUGCCACACGCAGCCUCAAAAAAAGAAAACAAUUUGACACUGGAAAACUGUCAGGAGACACAGUGAGAGACCAUGACAACGCUGCUGGACCUGAAGAGCAGUGUGCUGAGGCAGGUGCAGAGAAGCCAGUCUCUGAGGGGCCGCAGGGAGCCAGCCCCCACCCCCAGCAGCCCCCAUACACACUGCCCCGACCCGUUACCCCGCAGGAUUUCCGAGGAGAGCGUGGAGUUCUUUGAGCGUGUGAAUGCCAUCCUUCAGAAGCAGGAGAACAUGCUGCAGGCUGCCCAGGCUGAGGGCCAGAAAGGGGCCUCCACAGUGCCGCCACCGCAGGAGCAUGUGGACCAGGCCUUUAUGCCCGACAGAAUCAGACGAGCAGAGCUGGACCUGCUUUAUGAGGAAGCUGUUUACACAGUGGUCAACAGGGUGGGAGUGCCUUCACCUGAACACGUGAUAACUGAUGAAGAGCUGUUUGCUUACCUACUGAAGGUGUUCGAUAUGGGCGAAGAGGAACAUGAUAUCAUUCUCCAAAAAGUUCAAGAAGCCAAGAGAGCCAGUUUUUCUUUGAGAGUGUCUGUUGUUAAAGCGAAGAGUCUGAUGGCCAAGGAUGCAAAUGGGUACAGCGACCCCUACUGCAUGCUGGGAAUCCUGCUGGGACAAAGCCCGCGGGAAACGGAGGAGAAGAAGGAGAGGAAGUUCAGCUUCAGGAAGAGAAAGGAGAAGCUGGAGAAACGCUCCAGCACCAAGGAGGUGCUACCGGCCCGCUGCAUCCAGGUGACCGAGGUCAAACCGGAGACUCUGAACCCAGUGUGGGACGAGCACUUUGUGUUUGAAAUAGAUGAUGUCCACAAUGACCUCUUACAUCUUGACAUAUGGGAUCAUGACGAUGACGUGUCUGUUGCUGAGGCCUGCAAAAAGCUCAAUGAAGUUAGUGGACUUCGAGGCAUGGGCAGGUAUUUUAAGCAGAUUGCAAAGUCAGUGCGUUCCAAUGGAUCUGCAUCUUCAGGCUCCGAGGAGAAUGCCGAUGACUUCCUCGGGUGCAUCAACAUCCCUCUGAAUGAGAUCCCAAUUGUGGGCUAUGACACCUGGUUUAAGCUGGAGCCUCGAUCGAGCACCUCUAAAGUUCAGGGAGAAUGUCACCUGAUUCUGAAGCUCUUCACCAGUCAGAGAGACACAGCUUUGUCUAAGAAGGACUCAAAUGUCUCCAUUCACAAGAAACUGCUGAGUCAGAUCGUGGAGUAUGAGCAUGCACAUGUUAAGAGAGAGCCGUACAAUUGGAACGGGCAGGUCUGUCCUCCAGCAUGGACCGUGCUGACUCACCAUGCUGUGCAAACUGAUCUCUCACCCCUGCAACAGGCCAUUAUCCGCUGGCAGUGCUACAGCAGCCACCAUCGGACGCAGAGGGUGUGCUACUCCCUGCUGCUGCGCCUCCUGAGGACCAUCGAUGCCGAGUGGGACCCCGUCGCUGUGAGGGGAGACCUGGAGAGGCAGCUGUCAGACAGCUUCAGGCUGUACACUGAGCACUGCCUGUGCCUGAUGAAGAACAUGCGGCAGGUCUUCCCUUGCACCAGCGCCGCUGCCAUUACACGCUACGAGCUCAUGCUGAGGGGGAUUGGCUACAUGCAAAACAUGCAGGCGUUUAAGACUGUGUGUCCUCUUCGUAAUGAUCUGCAAUUGGACAUCACCACCGCUGCCAAGAAAGGGGCCGCAGAGUGGUACGAGAGCUUAAUUGCGCGCUAUAAGCCAGAGGACGGGACUCUGGAGGAGCAGCUGAAGAAACUGGUUCAGGUGGUUGAUGCAGCAUGUGCAGACGUGCAGAGGAGCCAGAACAUUUACAACAAACUCUUCUCCAGUGCGGUGAAGGUAGAUUUCUUCAGCAUUUCAUACAGGCAGCUGGAGAAACAGGUUGCGGAUGAUGUGAACGUAGCAAUGGAGCGCGUUUGUGGUACUCUGGAGCAGGAGAGCUCCAGACUGACUCAGACAAUGGGGGAGACCAUCUUUGAGCUCUUCAUGUCCUUGAAAAUCCUCAAAGGCUUUCGGGAGUUUCUUCCUCUCAAGGAUGCUAAAAUGUUGGCCUUGACGGGUUUUCAUAACUGGUUUAAGUCCUCCAUUCAUAAGUGGCUGCAGAUCGUCCAUGACCGAUCCUGUGACAGAAUCCGUAAAGCAGUGGAAACGGAUAUGCUUGAGCCGGUGCUGCAGGCCAAACACAGCUCCUCAGCAGUGGAGGUGACGACAUGCUUCAGCCAGGUACGCCAGAUCUGGCUCCAGCUGGCCUGGCCAGACUCUGCGGGGGCCUUCAUCUUCGUGACACGUUUGACAGAUAAUUUCUGCAGCGAGGCUGUGUGCUACUCUGAGAUGAUGACACGCAAGAUUGAGAGGAAUCAGCAGGGCCGAGACUAUAAGAGCUUCACCGUGCAGCUAUGCGUGGCGCUGAACAACACUGAGCACGUGCGUGUUUUCCUGGGUCACCUGCCCCGGGACCUGGACUGGCAGGGCGUGGAACGGGCCAUGGAGGAGUCCUGUGGGGUGGAGGGGAAGGAGCAGGUUUACAAGGCUCUCAACGGGCAGCUGUUCAACAUGGACCUGGACCUGCAGAGGGAAGCCAAACGCCUCAUCACACUGCUCACAGACAAGAUGCUGCCUGAGCUGCGGAGGUACAUUCAGCACAUCAGCCUAUCACCAGACUCCAUCAACAAUGACGACGCUGUGUCCCCUCUUAUGAAGUACUUACAAGACACUAUGGUCAUCCUCACUGAAAACCUUGUAAAGGAGAAUCUGACUAGAGUUCUCCAAAGUCUGUGGGAGCUGCUCCUGCGGAUGAUCCUGGACGCGGUGGCAGAAAACAGAGGCAUUCAGGUGGAGUUCUACAACCGCUUCCAGUACACAAUGGAGACCCUGUUGCAGUUCAUGCAUGCCAAGGGAGAGGGUCUUACACUGGACGACAUGAAGAGUGGAGACUACAAGGCCCUGGAUGAGGAGCUUAAGAUGAAUAAAUGUUCUUCCUUUGAGCUGAUUGAACAGUACUAUCUGGAGAAGAUUUCCCUACAGAAAACACUUAAACAUACCCAUUUUGGUCGGAUCAGUGUGAAGUGUUACUAUGACGCUCCAGAGCAGAGACUGACGGUGGAGAUUCUGCACGCUGCGGAUAUUAUUGCACUAGAUGCUAACGGUCUGAGUGACCCAUUUGUCAUAGUGGAGGUCUGUCCUCACCACCUCUUUCCUAUGGCCAAGAGUCAGCGCACGCAAGUGAAACUCAAGACCCUGCACCCUGUAUUCGAUGAACUGUUUUACUUCCACGUCAGUCCGGAACAGUACAGACACAGGUUUGCGUGUUUGACGUUCACGGUGAUGGACUACGACUGGCUUUCCACUAACGAUUUCGCCGGAGAAGCCGUGGCUCCCCUCAGCGACUUCUGCUGGCCAGGGAGACCAAGCGCCUCAGCCGCCGGCAAGAGCGUCCAGCCUGUCAUUCUCCAUCUGUCUCGCAGUAAACCCAGUGAAAAGCCAAUCAUGAGGAUGCUGGACGCUCGCAUCGGAGACAGGGAGGCUCAGGAGUUUGUCCGUAGGCUGAAGGAGAUUGAGAAGUCAAUGGAGGAGGAGUAAGAGCUGUCAGCCAGUGCUGCCUGUGUUGGUGUUUUCUGACCACGUCUUGCGACAAUGUGCUUUUGUACCGGUACGAUGUUUACAAUAUUUGAAUUUUUUCCAAUGUUAUCGUUUGUUCAGUAAUUAUACCAAAAUGAAAAGACAAAAAAAGGGAAAUCGGUGAAGCCUUUCGCUGUUUUUCUCACUGGGAGAGGAACAUCCUGUCACUGUGCAACCUUACGCUGUCUUACUUAAACUAUAGUUUAGAAUUCAAUGGAUAGUUGAUCCUAAACGUUACUAGUCUAUAUUUUUUGUAUUGAGGUAAUUGUUAUCUUUGUCGUAGGAUCUUUGAUAUGAUAGAUUUAACAUUUCUGAACUAUUUUGUGGGAGUAGCUUAUGUAUCCAAUAGUAUUCAAAGUCUAAAUCUAUACCUCAGAUAUGCUCAUUAGUUGCAGGGGAGUUUAACAGAGACUUGUCAUCCUACAUGGAAAUUGUGGAGAUCAAUUGCAUAAAGGCCUAUUUAAGAUGUAAAAGCAUGAAGUCACAUUGAUUUUCCUGAUCAAACUGUGGCUUACUAAGAAACAGCCAUGAAUAAAGAUAUCUUUGUCAUGAGGGAAAUCAUGAAGACACAUGAAAGCUUUGGGGGAUUGCCCUUUCUGAGAGUUGGUGUUGUAAGGUCAGAGAGCCCAGCAGCACGGGGGCCUAACUGUCCCCUCAGGCACAGCUUGAAUAUUCCACUUUUCAGAUUGCUCCUGACAAAACGAAUUAUCGGUAUUUGAUGAGGCCUAAAAAACAAUUCUCUUCACUUAGCUUUUUCUUGCUGUCUAUCCCCCGUGGUUUAACGUACCUGGAUAAAGUUAUGUGUGAUCGCAAAAGUGCCCUAAUCUUACACAAUCAGUACAUUGACAGAAACCAAUUCAUCCGUCAUUUGAACAAUGAUCAGGUUCAUCAAGAGUAGUUAGUAUCCCAAUGAGGAAGUAACUUAGUUUUGUACACCUUCAUUCAAUCUGAGUCUUUGUUUUUGAAUUUGCACUUUGAAGAGGUCGCUAGCUUCUGAUUAGCUUAGCUCAGCAAUAGGACUGACACAGCUAGCCUGUUAGCUAAAACCUAGUUUAGCCGCCCAGAAUGGUAAUGAAAAGUGAAAAUUUGGGAGCUAGACCGCACACUCCAAGUGACAACACCAAGGCAAGUAUAAUGUUGCACCUAACCUCCAUAAAACCAACCUUUGUUAGUUUUAUACUUUAGUGUUUGUUUAAUUUAAGCUCCUAGCUAGAAAAUGAAGCAGCAAAGUUAUUACAAAUAAUGAAAUGUUGUAUUUUAAGGUACCUUUUCAAUUUGAAUUCUCAUUAUUAUAAUAUUUUCUGUUCCUCGUGGAACAGAAGCUAUAUUCAGAACAAUUCAUAGUGUCAUAUUUAUGGGGAGUCACUCUGGCGUCCCCAAAGAAUGCACAGUGUGUUGAACAGUGUGGGGCCAGAUGGUAUUUAAUUAUAGCUAAUGAGCUCAUGUAAUGUUCAGAAAGUUUCAGAAACAGCCAUGGUAAAGCCUUUUGUCAGGCCAAUUUUAAAUGGAUGCAGGCUCAUUACAGGCUUCAAACCAUGACCAAAAUGUGAGUCUCAGUGUUGGGAUUAAACUCUUGAGGUAAAGAGAAGGUGAAAGCCUAAGGAGCCUGCAGAGGCAUAAUUAUACCUGAGGGAUAAAGCAAGACCUUUCUGCCUACAGUAGCUCUUAUUGACCUGAUAGAUAUAAUUCAACACCAGCUCUUGCCGGUCCUCCAAAGGUAUGUGUCCAGUCUGUGAAUCAAAGGUAAGGGUCUUAAUUUCUUUGCAGAGAAAAGUUAGGACAGGGUUACAAAUAUGAUAUUUUGGAAAAUAAAAAAUCUUUAUGCAAUUGAAACAUUACCAAACAAAACACAAACACAUAUUUAGCUUGAUAAAGAGUAGUCUAGAUUUUGCUCAAGUAGCGGUGUUACCUAGCAAGCUAGAAUUAUAGUAGCAAGUCUAAAGGCCCAGUUUCUUGGACAGGGUUGGAACUAAACCAGGAUUAGAUCGUCAUCUAGUAUGGUUAUUCCCUAGAAGAAGGACAUUUUUAAUCUCAAUGGCACCAUACUGUCUAGAUAAAGGAUACAUAAGUAAAUAAAAGUGAAAAGACUUUUACUUCUUGAAUGUAAAGUCCUUUUAUAAUCAAAUUCCAACAUGUGGUUGUCCCCUGUGUCUCCCUCUUUCAAUUCUGUCUCUAAAGUACUUUUUUUUUAAAGUCCUGGACUAACAAGGUUAAUUUCACUCAGCUGCGUUAGUCCUCUGGUGAGGGUGCACUCAGCUCUCUCUAACGAGGUAAAUGUUUAUCACCUGUGCUGCCACAUGAUAGUUGAAACUGGUUACAAAAAUCCCAUAAUGAGGAGGAAUCGAAAGCAAAAAAUUGACAAAACUAGAAGGGCACUCUGAGAGCGCACAUCUGAGCUAAAGCGGUUUCCAUUAGUGAGAAGAAAUGUGAUUUCAGCACCUGAAAAUAAAUAGACUUUUUCCUGGCCCCUUCACGUCGCUUCAUGAAAGUACUUUUCCUGUAGUCCAUGUGACAAACAAUUUUUUAAGUGUCUCUGCUGAUUGGAAGUGAAUCUGACCUUUUAAACUAAAAGCUUUAAUUUAAGCCCCUUUCCUCCGAGAGGACCUUUAAUCUUCCUUUAGGAAAUCAGUCCAGUUAAGUGUAGAACUAAUAAAGGGAAUCUAUUUGAGAUAUAAUUAAGGUUCAACUCCUGUCCAGGAAACUGGCUCUUAAUGUCACAAAUGUAGCUUAAAGUUCAUGAGUGUUAACAUAUAAUAAGAAGAAGAAGAAGAAGAAGAAAAGGACACUUCCUGGCAUUUGGAAAAAUGUAGACUGCUCUAACCUACUCAAAAAACCCAACACAUUAAACAGGUAUUAUGAUGUUGAGCUUCUGUUAAAGAAAUGUUUUAGUAGUAAACACAAACCGGCCUUUGGGAGUUGUUAAUGAAUGUUGCCAGUCUAAAUGUUGCACUUUCAAUGUACUUUUAAUAACGCAACAACAGGAUCACAACAUAAUAACAGAUGUGAGGAAACACUGAAAUACACUGUAGCAAGAACCCAAAAACCCAGAAUUUCACACCGACAGCGUUUUGUUAGUGAUGUAACUUACCAGUAGCUGCUUGUGUAGUGCUUUGUCGUUACUCUGUGGAGUUUUGAGGAUGAAGCACGCAAAAAAAACAAAAAACAUAUCUAUGCCUGGAGAGUGUGCUGCAUUACAGGGAGGGACUGUUCAGGUGAUCCAGAAGCCUGCCUUACUUUACGGGAGCGAGGAAUCCUUUCACUACAUCUGAACAGCACUAACCUUUAUAUUAUAUUCUUGGUUUUUAGGAUGAAUUUGUACUGGCAAUUAUUACUAGGGCUGGGCAAUAUAGAGAAAAUCAAUCAAAUCAUGUUAUUUCUGAUCCAAUACCUUGAUUUUGACAUGACAUUUCUGGAUGAAUAAUCAUCAGUAAUGUGGAUAAUGGAACAGCCGGAGUUGUCUGGUCAAUUCAGAACAUGAUUUCACUUUGCUAUAAUGUAGCCUUUAAAACCUGGAAAGAAACAUAUGUGAUAUUACCAUAUUUAAAAUGUAAUAGAUAUCUAAUCUCAUAUCACUAUACCAAAAUAAUAUUGCUAUAUUGCCCAGCCCUUAUUAUUUUAUUUCAAUUGUUAAUAUAUUAAUAUCACCUGCCAUCUUGUUUUGUUAACUACAUACUGUAUUGUUGUUCUACACUAGAUAAAAAGACAUUAUAUAAUAGUUAUUGGCUUUAGUGACUGAAAUAUUCUUAAUUGUGUAUGUGGCUGUGAUAUUUUCUCUGAAUUCCUUUAAAACCAGAUAUUCUGGCAAACUGUUUACACAAAAUUCAACCUCACUUUGGGUCUAAACAGCAAUGAUAUUGUCAGAUAAAGCUUAAAAGAUAUUAUAAACUUUAUACUAGGGUCUCAAUGAACUUUAAGAGGUAAUAGAGAUUAGAUAGAUAUUUCUAAAUGGCACAGUUUUCAAUUGGGACCUUUUUUCCAGAUUAUUUGUGAGGAAAGCGGUGUCUUUUCCCAAUUAAUACAAUUGUGUAUGUUCAGUCACAGUAUUGUAGACGUUCUUAUGUCGCCCUUAAACAGGCCACUUUGUCAGUAUUAGAUGAGUUAAAGGAUUUAUUCUGGUCAAAAGUCUUCUAAUGUCCGGUGAAUUCAUUUGCAUUACCAUAGUAUUUAUUUCCUACAACAUGCAUUUCAUAAAAAGACUUGUUUGCUGGCCAUAAAGAGGGAAAAAAAGGAUGUCAGACUGUGAAUUAACAGAAUAUCAUCACAAUUUAGUUUCAUGCCCGCCAGUACUGACAUCGACCUAUUUUAUUAAAGAAAGUAAUAUAAAAAUAUUUGUUGAAGUGAGUAUUUGGUUGGUUGUCUGCCGGCAGCAGCUGGUGAAAAGUAUCUUUGAGAAGCCUUCAAUUUGUUAUCGUGCAAGUGAAUUAUUUGUCCUUGAAUUGUAAAUGCCUGUGUUGCUGUUAACUGGAUUAUACCUUUGGGAGAUGUCUAUGACCUUGAAUAAAGAUUGUAUUUAAAUUUGA